GCGGAGGAGAGACGAGUGAACCGAGUGAAACGUGAAGAUGGCGGUACUCGACCACACCUGUUACGUUACCGAGAAAAUGGAAGUGGCUGGAAGUUGUGCGCCUGUGUGAAGGGAAGGCCGGGGUGGACGCAGCUGCAGUGUUCUGCCCGGUGGGGAUAUCACGUUACACCGCGGGCUGUCCGGACCGGAGACACACACACUCACGCACACACACGCACACUCACACUCACCUCAGUCCAAACCCACAAGGUGGUUCUGCCGCAUCGUCAUGUCCAAAAUAGAUUCCCCUCCCGCCUAUGAGGAUUCAUUACACAGUCCCAAACAUGGGAACUACCCACAACACCCACAAUAUGGCUACCUGGGCUACGGCGGCGCGCCUGUCCCACCACCACCAGCUUACAGCCCCGGUCCUGCCGUUUGCCCCGGUCAGCCUGUGUAUUCGGCCCACACUGACAUCUACCCUGGGGUUGGCAUGGGGGCAGGCCCUGGCUUCCCUCCGCCUGGGAUGUCCACCAUAAUACCCACUCUGUCUGCUGGAGUGCCCACUUCAAACCAAGGAAACAUGGAGGACUAUGUGAGUGCUCAGUGGGAGAGCACAUCCGUCAGGCAUGCCUUCAUCCGAAAAGUUUACUUCAUUUUGGCUAUUCAGCUCUCUGUCACCAUUUCAAUUGUUGCUGUCUUUACAUUUGUUGAUCCGGUGAGGCUGUUUGUCAUCAGAAACCCCGGCAUCUAUUGGGCGUCGUUUGUGGUGUAUUUCAUAGUUUACUGCAUUCUCAUUUGCUGCAAAGAACCGAGGAGGCGCUUCCCAUGGAAUAUUCUGUUGCUGGCUGUUUUUACUCUUUCCAUGUCUUACAUGACUGGAACAAUUGCAAGCUACUAUGAGACGAAAGCGGUGUUUCUUGCUAUUGGAAUAACAGCGAUAGUUUGUGUCUCUGUCACAGUCUUCUGCUUCCAAACCAAGGUGGAUUUCACCUCCUGCGGGGGAGUCCUCUGUAUUCUUGGGGUAUUGGUCUUUAUCACUGGGAUCAUCACAGCCGUCGUUCUCUCAUUUCAAUACGUCCCUUGGCUUCACAUGCUCUAUGCUGCAAUUGGAGCCGUCGUUUACACUCUGUUUUUGGCAUACAACACCCAGCUUCUCAUUGGAAACCGCGAGUUGGCCAUCAGCCCAGAGGAGUACAUCUUCGGCGCCCUAUCGCUCUACAUUGACAUUGUUCAAAUCUUCCUCUUCAUCCUCCAAAUUGGUGGAGCCGCCACAGAAUAAACCAACUUAGUGUCUUGGAUCAUUUUGGAGUUAAACAUCUGUCAGAAAAAAAUGCUACCCAUAGACAAGAAUACAUUUUUUUUUGCUUCUUAACCAGAUAUCAGUAUUGAGAAUUGACUUAAAUCAAUAUUUUAUAUAUCAUUAACACUGAAGCACUUUGAAAUUUCUUUGCACUAUAUGAAGCAAUGAUACUUGAUAUGUUGAAUUUAACUGAGCACUAGA